CCAGGGGCAGCUUGCUAGUUACUGAUUAUUAGCCAGUUGAAAAAGGACAUUAGCUAGUAUUUGGUGGCUUUCCCGAAAUAUUUAUGUUUGAAAUAGAAUCGAAUUUGGAAUUUAGACAGUCGUCGUGGAUACCUCUUGGUAUCUUUCAAAUUUAUAAUUCAAAACUGCUCGAGCGGUGCCCGUUGGAUGAGAGGAUUGUGUGUGGAUUUACUGCUGCUGCUCUGCGCAGGCUACUUCGGCGCCAUUGCCUGCAAGCGCUGCUGUUUUCAAAAGCAGAAUUACUGAAAAUACAAAGCUCUUCAAGAUGAAGAAAAAAGUACGGCAUCAUAAUCGCAUGUCCACGCCCCAGAGGCCCCCCUCUCCCAUCAAACCCUCACCGAACAAGGAGACCUUGACCUACGCCCAGGCCCAGCGCAUGGUGGACCUGGAGAUAGAUGGCCGUGUGCACAGGAUCAGCAUCUAUGACAAGUUGGAUGUCAUCACCGAUGAUGACCCCACGGCCCAAGAGAUCAUGGAGUGCAACAGCAACAAGGAGAACAACGAGAAGCCCCAGCUAGUCCUGGUGCGCUCGGUGAGACUCAAAGACAACCAGCAGAAGAGGGGCACUGCCCUCACCACCACACAUGGCGCUGACCCGCAAGGGAGCGCCCUCUUGGAACCCAAGUUCCGCACUGUGGAGUACAACCUUCCCGCAGUGUCUCGGAGGCCCUCCAUCUAUUAUAUGUAUUGUGAGAAGACGGCCGAAGAGCUGGAUGAGGAGGUGGAAUACGACAUGGAUGAGGAGGACUACGCCUGGCUGGAUCUACUCAACGACAAGAGGAAAAGUGAGGGUAUCAGCCAGGUGUCCCAGAACCUCUUUGAGUUCCUUAUGGAUCGCUUUGAGAAGGAGUCCUUCUUUGACAGCAAGGGCCGGAGUGACCCCCAGUCCCUCAUCGACGAGGACGCUGUCUGCUGCAUCUGCAUGGACGGAGACGGCCAGGACAGCAAUGUUAUUCUCUUCUGUGACUCCUGCAACAUGGCCGUGCACCAGGAGUGCUACGGUGUUCCCUACAUCCCAGAGGGCCAGUGGUUGUGUCGCCACUGCCUCCAGUGCCCCUCACGGCCCGCUGAGUGUGUCUUCUGCCCCAACAAGGGCGGCGCCCUGAAAAAGACGGACGAUGACCGCUGGGGCCACGUGGUGUGUGCCCUGUGGGUGCCAGAGGUGGGCUUCUCUGACACGGUCUUCAUCGAGCCCAUCGACGGUGUCAGCAAUAUUCCGCCCGCCCGCUGGAAGCUCACCUGCUACCUCUGCAAGGAGAAGGGUGCCGGGGCCUGCAUCCAGUGCCACAAGGUUAACUGUUACACAGCCUUUCAUGUCAGCUGUGCCCAAAAGGCCGGCCUCUACAUGAAAAUGGAGCCUGUCAAGGAAUUCACAGAGACCGGUUCGCCCACUUUCUCUGUGAAGAAGACAGCCUUCUGCUGCGCUCACACUCCUAAAGGGUGCACCCGGAGACCCCUUGCUAUCUACGAGGAAGGCCACGCUAAAAACGGUGUCUGUCACAAGAGGGGUGACAAAAGAGGGAGGAGGAGGUUAAAAGGGUGGCUGAAGAAGAGUAAGAUAAUAGUGGUGGUGCCUGAGGUAGAGGAAGAGGCUCCUGCUGCACCUGGGCCUAGUAUAACCCCCAGCAGUUUUGACACAAUCCUCAAUCAAGUGUCUGUCCAGAAGAAGAAGGUGUUUGUGGAGCGGGUCCUGAGCUACUGGAUGCUGAAGAGACAGUCAAGGAAGGGCGUUCCGCUGAUCAGGCGGCUACAGGCUAACACCCAGGUCCCCAAACCAGAGCCGCUGGUCAGUCCAGUGGACAGCAGGGUGGAGGAUAAUCAAGCGAUGAAGGAGCAGCUAAAGGAAUGGCACCGCCUACGCCAAGACCUGGAGCGAGCUCGCCUACUGCUAGAACUGAUCAGGAAGAGGGAGAAGCUAAAGAGAGAGGAGAUGAAGCUCCAACAGUCUGUUCUAGAGGUACAGCUCACACCUUUAAAUAUUCUACUUCGAGCCGUACUGGACCAGCUUCAGGAGAAGGACCCAGCCAAGAUCUUUGCCCAGCCUGUCAGCGUUAACGAGGUGCCUGACUACUUGGACCACAUCAAGAAUCCAAUGGACUUCUCCACCAUGAGGAAGCGCAUUGAUGCCCACGGCUACAAGAGCCUGGUGGAGUUUGAGGCUGACUUCGAUCAGAUCAUAUUCAACUGCAUGAAGUACAACGCCAAGGACACGUUCUUCUACAAGGCCGGUCUGCGUCUGCAAGACCGAGGCGGGGCCAUCCUCAGGAAGACUCGUCGGGAGGCUGAGCGAAUCGGCUUUGACUUUGCCAGCGGGAUGCACCUUCCUGAGCAGCCAAAGGUGGAGGCUCCUUCCCCUUUCUCCUGGGACGAUGUGGACCAGAUACUAAACCCAGCCAACCGUCAGCACAUGUCUUUGGAAGGGCAACUGAAAGAGCUGCUGGAGAAGCUGGACAUGAGCAGUGCCAUGAAGUCCAGUCCGUCUCGCAGCAAGCGACUGAAGCUGCUCAAAAAGACCAUCACAGAUGUUCGCAGCGAGAUAUACCUAAAGACGCGACGCCCCGCUGCCGCCCCCUCUGAACCGAAACCAGCAGAGACUGAGGAGAAACCACUGCCCCCCACUCGACACAGCACACAGGAAGAGGAAGGGGAGUCUUUGCUCCCACCGAAACUAGAGCCGUUGAACUCGUCGCCGCCACUUCUCAACUCAGACAGUCAUGCAGAACCUCCCAUGCUCAAGCCCAUCAAGAGCCAGAAGACUUUCAAGUGCAACGGUGUCAAGACCGCUACCUCAGUACCCCGGGAUACCCUCAACGGGCACAUCUCUAACCCGCUGGUCUCCGACAGUCACCUUAGUGUUGGGGCCACCUCCACGCUCGCAGAGCCCUCUAGCAUGGGUAACAGGCGGACCAAUGUGCUCUUUCGCAAGUCCAAGAAUGCCAGCCCGCAGAAGCCCCCAAGGACAGCUGAGCAUCAGCUCGGCUGCCCACUGCUGGGCACCAAAACCUUCCUCUCAGUGGUCAUUCCUCGCCUGGAGACUCUCCUCCUACCCAGGAAGAGGACCCACAGUGCCUGUGGAGACUGUGACCAGGAUGAGGAGGAAUCCCCCAUCAAGCGUCUUGACACAGGACUAGCUAAUGGAUUUGUUGUCGAGCCGGAGCUUGAAACCAGCCCCAUUAGGCCGAUGGAGCCUCGCAGGCGCUGCACCUCCGAGUCCAGCAUCUCCCCUAGCGGCAGCGUGCUGUGUAGCACCAGCACGGUCAGCGUGCCAAAAAGUGGGAAAGGAAGGCCAUCCGUGGCACGUAGGAGCACAGUGGACGACAAAAACGCACUCAUCACCUGUAUCGGAAAUGGGGACUUCACCAAAGCCGCUAAGAUUGCAGCAGAUCAUAGACCCCAAGCUGCCGAGGGCGGGGCGUCACCACCACGGGGUCUCCCUGCCCCCUCUGGACGUCCUCAGAGUCGGAGAGCUGAUGCAGUACAAGUCCGAAGAGAAACUCUUCCUCGUCCACUUCUUCGACAACAAGCACAGUUGGCAAUGGCUUCCUAGAUCCAAGAUGGAUGCCUUUGGUAUCAAUAAGACCGUGGACAAGCUCAAACUGAAGGAGGGCCGCUCCUCUGGCAUCCGUAAAGCUGUGCAGACCGCCUUCCAGCGCGCCAU